AGCUUACCCCAGACAUCGAGACCAGACCUGCUGGAAGUUCGUCUGCCAAACCUUUGAUAAUGAUGUGACACUUCAUAUGAUCCCCAAUGUCUAUGAUCUUGAUGAUAUAUGGACUUUAGAUAAAAAAUGCCUGAGAGAUUUCCCUCCUACCCUUCCUUGUUACUUGAAUGUGACCUCAAUAGGUUUCCAAUACGUGCACUUUCCCUCCACUGUGGGACACUAUACCCAGUAAAGGUCCCUUCUGGCAUUCAAGGACAAAAAGCCACUGGAACCAGAAAACCUGACUCUUGAUCAGCCAUGCUUUUAGAGAAAGAUCAUGAUCAAAAGGAGGAAAUGUAAAAAUGAAUAAACAAAAAUCACAACUGGAAGUCAGGAGGCUAGAAAGGGGAGCUCUCACACCCUGUGACAACAGCAGAACCCAACAGGAAGAAGAAAGACUUCCUCCUCUUGCCUGAACAAAACUGAAUCAUGUUCCGGCUACUGACCUCCUGCUGGUCUCGCAGUAAGGAAACUGAAGAGACACGAAGGAGUGUGACCAUCAUCGUCAUUGGAUUGGACAACUCAGGCAAAAGUGUUCUUGUGGAGGCGAUCCAGAGACUGCUCCCCAGUAGGAUGGGCAGUUGUAUGAAAUCUGAACUGACCACACUCCUGCUGGAUGAUUAUGAAGUUUCCAUCUAUGACCUGAAUGGAGAUACGAAGGGUCAAGAAAUCUGGCCCAACUACUACGCGCAAGCACACGGGCUUGUUUUUGUCCUGGAUUCCAGUGACUUCAGCCGCAUGCCAGAAGUGAAGUUCAUCCUAACACGCCUGUUGUCUGAUGAAAGAGUGGCAGGAAAACCCAUCCUACUCCUGGCCAACAAGCAAGACAAGAAGGAUGCCCUCCUCCCUUGUGAUAUUAUUGAAUAUCUGCUGCUGGAAACACUAAUGAAUGAGAAAAAGUCCCCGUGCCGAGUGGAACCCUGUUCAGCCAUUAAAAACCUUCAAAGAAGGAACCAUCAGCCUGUAAUUGAAGGCCUGCGCUGGCUGUUAUCUGUUAUUGAGUAUAAACGUGAAGAGCAGCAUACUCGCCAACAGCCACCCCCAUCAAGCAUUCCAGCUUCCGGAAGUUUAGACGAAAGAUGCUCAUCAGAAAGUUUUGCUACCCAGAUGGGAAUGGCCAAAGGAAAAAGACCACAUCAAGAACAAUCCUCAAUGGAACCGAGGCCUCUAAAGCCAAUCCUACAGAAAGAAGAUAUAAGAGUAAGAGCUAAAAAGAACAUAUCAGUUACAUUUGCUUUAGAAGAACCCAUGGAGGAAGGUGAA